UUUUUCAGUGUUACAUUUAACCCAGUGCAUUUUGAUCUCCUUCGCUUUUGUUAAUAUUUGAUCAUGAAUUGAGUGCAGAGAGGUUAGCAGCCCUGGGAUUGAACUGCUGAGCAUUAGUUUAACGAGUAAAGCGGAAAAUGUGCUUCGACAGCUCAAGCAAUACUGACAGGUCAAACCUUACCUGGCUUGCACAUGCAAAGUCUUGUAUGGGAGAAACACCUGGUUUCCUUGAGGGUGAAAGGAGUGAGCUCUUAAAGAAAUUACUGUGCAUCGCUGCUUAAUGACAAUUUGCUUUUAGUGUCAAUAUUUUAAUUAAACUACCUGGCAUUAAUCCGUCCUAUUGUUUACAAUCUUGAAUUUUUCUAAGAGUCAAUGAGAGUCUGCUAUUGAUUUAAAUAGAAGCCGGACUAGACACAUGAAGAACAUGUGCUGAGAUUUUUAUCACUCUAUAUAUUUUAACUAUAAAAAUGGGAUUUUCUAAUUUCUGUGAACGUAGUGAUAAUAUGAGUAUUCAGGGUACAUGUUGUCAGUUCCCACAACUGAUUUAAAUGCUCCCAUAGUGGAAGGAGAGAAGGAAAAAGUGCUUCAUGUCCAAAAUCUCUACAGGUAUAAGUGGAUUCAUAUCCACAAUGCAAAUUUGCUCUUCUUCAGAGCUCAUAUUGGAUAUCACACUGGCAAUUUUAAAGAGACAAGGUCAAAGGACACAGAAGAGAAGAUGGACUGGGGAACAUUGCAGAAGAUUUUAGGAGGUGUGAACAAACACUCCACCAGUAUUGGGAAGAUCUGGCUCACUGUCCUGUUCAUUUUCCGUGUUAUGAUCCUCGUGGUGGCUGCAGAGAGAGUCUGGGGAGACGAACAAAGUGAUUUUGUCUGCAACACUCUGCAACCGGGAUGCAAAAAUGUUUGCUACGACCACUUCUUCCCCAUCUCUCACAUUAGACUGUGGGCCCUCCAGCUCAUCUUUGUCUCGACUCCUGCACUUCUGGUGGCCAUGCAUGUUGCACACAGACGGCAUGAGAAGAAAAGGCAGCUCACAAGUGGUGAGAAAGUGGAUAUUGAAGAACUGAAUAAACAAAAGUUUCAUAUUCAGGGCCCCUUGUGGUGGACAUACACCUGCAGCAUAUUCUUCAGAAUCAUCUUUGAAGCUGUCUUCAUGUAUGUGUUUUACGCCAUGUAUGAUGGAUACCAAAUGCCUCGCUUACUGAAAUGUAGCGCGUGGCCUUGUCCCAACACAGUGGAUUGCUUUGUUUCUCGACCCACUGAGAAAACAAUGUUUACUAUUUUCAUGCUUUCUGUGUCUGGGAUCUGUAUGCUGUUAAAUGUGGCUGAAGUGUGUUAUCUGGUGAUAAAAUUUUGUAUGAAAGCACCUAGAAAACCAGUAACUUUUAAAUAGCUCCCCACUCAUCAGAAUAUUUUCUCCCCGAAUGUCCUGAUAGGUAUGAAAAACAGUGCUGUUUUUCAGGCUGAAUGAAAAUAAAAUGUAAACAUAAAAUGUAAUUUAUUUUAAAAAUCUGAUAGCCCUCCCAUGAAACUUACUGAGUUUUUAAAGAUCAUGUAUGUGUGCUGAAUACUCCCUUAGCUGAAUACUCGGAGAGCCUGAUCCUGCAAGCUGUAGCUUUUCAAAUUUGCAACUGGUAGAAGAGUAAAUCCUGCUGUGAUUCUAGUGUUAAGAAGCCAGUGGAGUGUAAUCAUUUUAAAAAGGAAUAAAAAGUGUGCAUCUAGCUGUGGGAGAGGCCAGAGAGGGGAGAACCACACGUUCCUAGC